UCUACGCUGUCACUCCCAAGGACCCAAACCCAUAAUGAAGAUGCGGACGCUACCGCACCGGUCUGCGCUCCUGAGCAUCUUGGCUCUCACGAUCCUGACAGGAUUCGUCGGCUCCUCAGGGGCCCAAAGCCAUUGCCUUGAUCCAUCGUACGCGCAGUCCAGAAGGCGAUCAACAACGCGAACCGUCAAGACUCCCGAAGCCACGAAUCAACCGGCAGUCACAACGUCCGUUGCUUACGAGCCACAGCGUAUGUACAGCACAAGAAUACAGCGAAGGAUUGCAUCUCCUGCCGCAACGCCAGUCCGCCAAUUAAAAACUACGCGAGUUCAUACCACCGUUCGGCCGGAUGUCACAACUACAGUUGCUUACGAGCCACAACGAAUGUCGAGCAUGAGAGUACAUCGGAGAAUCGCAUCCCCCACUGAAUCUCCUGCUCAGCAAUUAUUGACUACGUUGAAUCCUGACGUCAUCGGAAGUGCCUCGAAGCCGGUUGCCAGGAGGAUGCGGAAGUCCAAGAAGCAGAACAACGCCGCCAUGAUCGACGAGGCAUCAUCCUUGGUCUCGGUCGCUACUGCUCCUCGGAUCAACGAUCUCGUGCAUCCUGCACCGUCCACCUUAUCCAGACGGCAUUUAGGCCAGGAUGCGAUGGCUGGACAGCACCGUCGAGUAGCUCCGAGGGAACAGCCGAGUCCCUUCAACAUGAAUCAGUAUCUUGGAUUACCUAGGUCCAGUCCGACGGUCCGCGAUUCGUUCAUCCGAACGACAACCACGCUACCGCAGUUGCAGAAUCUUGUUACCGAACUUAAUCCUCGUACAUUGGCGGCGUACACCUUGCCCGUGACUUCCUACGAGCAGACUUCGAUACCACUUCUGCAGAAUACCGCUUCCAAUGACGCCAUACAGGCAACAGUUACACCGUUCGUAUCCAGAGGUACUGUUCGACAUCGUGACGAGGUCACUGAGCCUACGAAAAGUUUCGCCAAGUUACAAAUUGAUCUUGAUCAUCAAGGGGAGAGUAAGCACAACGAGGGACGGUUAGAUAACAAAAGUGAUGAUUCCACUGCUACUGACACCGUCAAAGAGGCUCCGAUGGAGGACGCCUCCGAUUCGGCCAAUGUAGAGCAUCUAGGAUACAGCUACGCAGGUGCUGACGACAGUGAAGAAGAAAUGCAAGCUGAAAAUUAUAAGGUUCACGAAAAUACCCACAAAGACCCAAAAGGGGGCAGCGGAGGUCAUGGUGGAGGUAAAAAAGGAGGCGGGGGACAUGGUGGAGGUGGCGGAGGUAAAGGUGACGGAGGUGAUCAUAAAUUCGAAAAAGGGGGUGGCGAAGAGCACAAAGACCACCAUCACGAAUCCCACGGUCAAUCGGGUGAAAAGAACUACAAAGGGCACCACGAGUACGACAAGGGGGAGAAAGGUCACCACGACAAAGAACAGCACAACGGUCACUACGCCGAGAAGAAGGGUGAUGAAAAGAAGCACCACGCCGAGAGCGGAUACCACGGGGAGCAUCACCAUGGCGAAAAGGGAGUCAAAGAGGCAAACUUCGGCGAGAAGGGCGAGCAUCAAAAGGGACACAGUACGAAAGGGGAACAUUCUAUCCACAAAAAGGACGAGUACGAGAAGAAAACGGAAUUCUUCGACGAGUUCCACGAGGAUGGAGGUAACGAGAAGCAUGGUGAAUUCCAUCACGAGCACGAGUCGAAGAAGGGAGGCCACGAGAAGUCUUCCCACCUCGACGCCGCUGAGCACGAGGAGAAACACGGCAAAGAGCACAAACACGACAAGGGUCACCAUUACCACGAAGACAAGGGACACAAAGAGGCCCAAGGGCAUGAGGCCCACCACAAACACGACGACAAGUACGGCAAGAAAGAGGCCCACGAGGAAGGGAAAAAAUGGGCAUUCAAAAAGGGUGACGACGGGGCCGGAGGCGGCGGUGGGAAGAAGGAGGGAGGCGAUGGAAAAAAGAAGGACGGCGGUGGUCACCACUGAGGAUCACCGUGAUCCAAAAAAUUAUUAAUCCCAUAUCGAAUUCAAUGAGGAGCCUGAAGUGAUCAGGAGAAAUUGACUACAAGAGGCAUCGAAUCGUCGGACGAAGCGGACUUGUGCGAUUGUUGAAAGUAGCUUUGAUUCCGUUUCUUUGUUUCAUUUUGUUGCCGAUUUUUCUACACAUGUGAACACCAAGUCGAAGCUCGAGGAAUUAAAUGUCGGCUGGACGAAAAUCGGCUGCGGUGUUGACGCACACUCACGUAAUGCGUACAUAACACGUAUAUAUCCGAU